AUGCACUUGGGUCAGUGUAGAACUAGAAGUCAAACUUAGCCCUCUCAAGUAUCAAAUCCCAAUGCAUGCUUAGGCUCGAUGUUAAUUAAAAGUCUUCUCCUCGAUUCCCCUAAACAAGUCAAGUCUUCUCUCCACACCCCCUACAAAUCAAAUCAGGUUCUUUCGUGUUAUCUCUUGGAUCUUGGUUCGCUACCCAGGAUGAAAAUGAAAGCAAGCCCGAUUCUAACGACGUUGUUCGCGGCGGCGGUCGGGUUCUUCAUCGGCGUUUCCUUUCCUGUGGACGUCACACCAAAGCUUCAGUGUGGCAUACUCCCUUGGAGCAGCUGCUUCAGUCACAGCACCAUGUUGGGCAGAUUAUGGGGAGCGCCGUUCAGGAACAGCAGCUCCCGCACCCCAAAUGUGACAAGUUCGGCGCCGAGUGUAGAGGUUGCAACAGCAACAAACACUGAAGAAGGGUCGGAGAGGCGGCUGCCGCCGGGGAUUGUGGUCUCGGAGUCCGAUCUUCACCUGCGCCGGCUCUGGGGAUCCCCAACACAGGACAGCCCGGCCCGCAAGUACCUCCUCGCCCUCGCGGUCGGGUAUGGCGAGAGAGCCAAUGUCAACGCAACUGUCCACAAGUUCUUGGACAACUUCGACAUCGUGCUGUUCCACUAUGACGGCCGCACAACUGAGUGGGAUAUAGAGUUCAAGUGGUCGAAGAAGGUCACUCAUGUCAGUGCCAGGAAACAGACCAAAUGGUGGUUCGCUAAGAGGUUCCUGCACCCGAGCAUCGUGGUGCCCUACGACUACGUGUUCGUGUGGGACGAGGACCUUGGCAUUGACAACUUCGCCGCGGAACCGUACCUGGACAUCGUGAGGAGGCAUGGGCUGGAGAUCUCGCAGCCGGGGCUGGACACGACCAAUGGGCUGGCACCGACUUACUACAUCACCGCCAGGAAAAACGGCAGCGAGAUGCACAAGACAGAUGCAGGAGGGGAGCAUUGCUCGGACGUGCACAAGCGCCCGUGCAGCGGGUUCGUGGAGGUGAUGGCGCCGGUCUUCUCUAGGGAUGCUUGGAGAUGCGUGUGGCAUAUGAUCCAGACUGACUUUGUCCAUGCAUGGGGUCUUGACUCCAAUUUCUGGAGAUGCGUCGAUGACCCUGAAGAGCAGAUCGGUGUCGUAGACGCGCAGUACUUGGUUCAUCAUGCCGUUCCCACGCUUGAAGGCCAGGGUGAGAAAGAAAAAGGAGGCCGUUUGCAGGUAAAAGCACGUCAAUAUGAGGAGAUGUUUGCCUUUCGCUCUAGGGUUUCCCGUGCGGACAACGAAGUUGCCAACAGAACAUCAAUACAGAACUAGUUUGAGCGAUUACUUACCAGAGGAUACAAUAUGGAAGUCAAUAAUUAAAAGUUUUGACUUUUUGAAUAGAGAAGUAUAAGAUGCGGUAGGUGAUAAUACAUUCGUUUUAUAUGUUUGGAAUCAUCAAAUUUUUGUUGCUUAUCAACACUAGUUCACGUGAUAAAUAUAUUCCUUUUCAUUUUUCAACAUUCGGUAGGAGUUUUGCCUUUAUUCGCCAUUUAUUCAUAUCUUGAUUGAUUUCUAAUGAUGAUAAUUUUAUUAUUAUUUUUCA